CUUCACACUUUUGUUUGUGUCCAUCGGGAUGGUAUGGUACACUUGUCCGGCCCGCCAUCACACACACGAAUGCACGAGCGUACGAUGCGUAGAGAGAACAAUAAUCCCCCCCACCAACACGCCACCAGCUGACAUCACAUCAUCCCGGGCAACCAAUGCACGCAGACAUUCGCAAACUGGCAGCAAACAUCCCAGUGUUCAUUCGUCGGCAGGUAGUAUCUCUUUAUGCCGACACCCGCUUUCUCUUGCAGUGCCGCUGUCGCUCCAGGCUCAUGUCCUGCAGCGCCGCACCGCCCGUGCUGCUCCGUCUGGCGCGGACGCGCACACGUGUACGCUCCAUGCGGCGACUGAGCGGCUCGGUCUCAUCCUCAUCCCUGACGGAAAACGACACGACGGAAGGAAACAUGCCUUUCGGUGUUGUGUCUCCAUGCAUUCGUCCAUUUCGUUGCCUUACGUCUCGUUGAGCCCACGAUGAAUGGCGGCAGCCCCCUCUCCCACACCCACACCCAUCCCCCCCCCUCCCUCCCCGUCGGCACCGUCGACACACCCCCGCGGCAGAAGCGGCCGAGCCCGGUUCGCAGCCACAGCAGCAGGGCUUGCCGUCAUCGCUGUCGUCAGUGCUGUCAGUCCGCUCAUUGAAGGACAUCUGAUGGAUGCCGUGAGCCACUGCGUUGAGGACCUCUUGCACCUCUUCCACACUCGGCUUGAGUGAGAGUGCUGCGAUGCUCGUGAGGAGUGGGGCGAUGGUAUAGGAGUUGUCAUCGUCCUCUGAGGCCAGGGUGAGGCCCUGCAGCUCCGUCAGAAGCGACUCGCACUCCUCGUCUAUGUCGCGCACUGACAGCUUGGACAUGGCGGCCGACAGCUCCUCACACGCUGAUGCACAUGCAUCCCCAGGGACGGUACAAUGUCAUGUGUGUAAUGCUAUACGCCUGCCAUAUUUCUUCCUCACCUAUUUCGUCCAUCAUCUUGCGUCGCUUUGCGCGGCGGAUGAGCUCCGCGUCGAAUAUCUUUGUCCACAUGCGGUAGUUCUUCAGCAUGAUACGGUCCUCGGCAGACAGGUCGGGACGGUCCACUGAGGAGAACACAAUCCAUGCAUGCAAUCAUUGCAAUUAUCAUUGCAAUGACAUGGCAUGACAAUCUGAUGCAUUCUGCAUCCUUUUGCAUCGUUUUGCAUGCAUCUGCUCACCUCUUUCCGGCCGCCCGCCUGUCAGCACACGCUUCACAAAGGCGAUGGUCCGCCUCAAGAAGCCCCUCAUCCCGUCGGAAUGCACCGUGAGCGGAUGAAAGAGGUGAAGAUGUUUUCAGAACAGCUCUACAGAGCAGCCUUGCAGCUUCUACAGUUGUGGAGCAGAUGUUCUUGAUGGCGAAACCUUUCUAUCUAUCGCUGAGAAAUUGAAAGGCGAAUCGAGACA